AUGCAUGCGGCCGCGAGGGCGGCCAGGGCGCCGGCGGGGCUGUCGCCGCUGCACGCGCGGGCCUUCUCCUCGGCCGCCGGGGGCACGGUCACCGAGGUGUCCCGGGCGCUGGCCAACGGCGGCACGGGGUCCGCCGGGGAGCGCCUCUGCCGGGCCAUCGAGGCCGGGGAGGAGCCCCUGCCGCAGGGGUUCGACGAUGUGGCGCACUUCCGGCUUUUUUUGCGGCUCAUCGGGGACCCGCAGAAGCACCGGACCCUGACGAACUUGGGCAACAUGGGCCGGCUGCUGGGGAUGGACCGGGCAUCGGUGCUGAGUCUGCUGGAGCAUUAUGGCCGGGAGUUUGGCAUUGCGCCGGCCCGGCGGCCGCCGGAUGUUCCCCUGGCGGAGGUGGGCCCGGGGCAUGCGAUCUUCGAGGAUAUGAUGGACCUGGUCCGGCGGGAUCCGCCGGUGCUGCUGCCGGUCCUGGGGCACCUGCUGUGCAUGCCGGCGCCCUGGGUGGAGGCCAUGCUGGCGGAGCAUGCGCCGGACAUCCUGGCCAGGCCGGUGUGGGAUCGGAACAUGUGCAUCGGCCGGCUGGGGCACCUGCUGACCGUGGAGCCGGCCCUGUCGAGGGAGAGCAUGGUCAUGCUCCUGUCGACCAGCCUGCCGUUGUUGUCCCUGGCGAUCGACAAGCACUUCCCGGAGUAUGGGGACAUGAAUGUGCCCAAGAUGCCGGCCGCAAAGUUGGAAGCCCUGCGGGCCGCGCUGCUUGAGGGGAUCCGGGUGCCGAUGGCCACGCCGACGAUGGUCCGCGAGCAGGCCGACGUCAGUGAUUGGGUCUUCGCGCGGUACGGGCCGGAACUGUGCGCCGAGUACAUGGUUCGCCUGCAGGGGGAGCUGCCCCGGGAAAGGGUGGACCAGCUGCGCGGGCUUUUGCAAGAACGCCGGCACAGCCUGACCGAAAUGGCCAAGGCAAUGGGGAUGUCAUCGCGCCUGCUCCGCUGGUACAUCAAGUACUACGAGCCGGAGGUGAUAUUUCCGAUCACCGACGACCGGCCGGUGCGGCAGAUUACCCGGCCGGAGGGCCUCGGCCGGCUGACGCUGGCCGAGUACACGCGGCGCUUCCUGCCGGCCACCUCGCCGGUGCACCAGACCCCGGCCGAGGGGGCUCCGGCCCCGGUGGCCCCGGUGGUGAACUACCGCGUGGCAUGCUUCAACCCUCGGGAGCAUGGGUCCGGCCCGGGGGUGCACUUGCAGCUGCUGCACCCGAAGGUGCAUCCGGGGCUCCACACCCGGCUGCAAAGUUUGGCCGGGCUGCGGCCCAUGCUGUCGAGGAAGGAGAUGUGCGACCGGUCGGGCCUGGCGGAGCAGACGAUCUUGAAGUCGAUGCCCUUGUUCGAAUGGCCGGAGGGCUUUUGGGACUCGCGCCGGGCAUCCCAAAGGUACGCCCUGGCGGAUGAGGACAUCCGGCGGCUGCGGCUGCUGGCGAAGCAGGUGCACCCGUCCGGCCGGCGGAUGCGCUUCACGGUGCGGGAGCUGGCCGCGGAGAUGGGCCAGCAUCCGGAUGUGCUGUUCGACAUGCUGUACCGGUAUGCGCCGGAGUACUUCUUCCUGGCGCUGGGCCCGGAGGCCGGGUCCGGCCCGGGGGGGAUGUACGUGCCGGAGGGGAAGCUGGCCGACCUGGUGGCCGCGGUGCAUGGGCAAAAGUUGCGGCCGGUGCUGCACCAGGUGGCGGCGGACCUGGGCUGCGCCCUGCCGCAGGUGGUGAAUUCGCUGCGACUGCACGCUGCUCGACAGGGCGUCCAGUUUAUGGCCCCGGACUUCAUGCGGCACCCGGCCUCACGGGCCUUUCACGUGGAGCAUAUCCUGGCCACAUAUCCUAACCUGCCAUUCUCGAAGGCAAGCCGCCACUUUGAGGAUAUGCCUGGCCAUAUGUGCUCUCACUGCCGGCUCUUUUUGCUUUGA